AUGUCAAACCCCAACAAACAAAACACCCCCAACGCCAACCAAGCAAAAACCUGCUUCGACGGCAUGGGCGACAUGCUCUCCGCAUUACUUCAAGAAAACACUCGGAUCGGAGAAAGUUCAACCAACACCAACACCAACUCCAACACCAACCGCGAUGAUAGCAUUGGAGUCGACGCAGCCAGAAUUGCAAACACCUUCGAACGAGACGUGAGUCGUCGCGUUAUGGCGGCCAUUGCAAGGAAUCGACCCGAGGUACUUCCUAGGUACCAGGAACUGAAGGUGCUUAUUGAAACGGAAACGGAUAAGAGGAAGUUGCUCCAGUAUCUGAGGGAGCAGGUGGAGAUUGUGAGUAGCCUUAUUCGAAGAUGA